AUGGACGUUCCGAACGAUGUACUUGAACCCAACUCUUCUGUGUCUACCACUGUCCAGGCCUUCAAAGAUAUUGCUUUUGGGAGUCUCGCAGGGAUGGUGUCCAAAGUAUUCGAACAUCCGUUCGAUCUAACAAAAGUGCGCCUGCAAUCGCAGGUUUUAGACUCGUCGGCGAGGUUCAAAGGCCCCUUAGACUGCUUGUACAAGACAUGGAAAUAUGAAGGCGUGAAGGGUUUGUACCGAGGUCUUCCAGCUCCUGUAGUUGGUGCAAUGGCCGAAAAUGCUACCCUAUUUAUGUCCUAUAGAAUCUUUCAAAGGCUAUUACGAAAAACUUCUGGGAUUCGCGAGUCCGAACCGCUCCCUCUUCCUUUGAUCUGUGUAGCUGCUGCAGGUGCUGGUGCAGCCACAAGCUUUGCUCUCACACCCAUAGAACUGGUCAAAUGCAAGAUGCAAGUCCAGAUGCUCGUCUCCACGAAGUCAUCAGGUCCACUUCCUGGUCCCAUAGCUGUAUUGACAUCGGUCAUACGAACCACCGGUCUUCGAGGGCUGUGGCUGGGUCAAACCGGGACCCUUAUACGUGAGACUGGCGGUACAGCAGCGUGGUUUGGCACUAAGGAGUUCCUCGCUACGAAGCUCUUACAGCGUCGUUCCCGGAUAGAUCCAUCUCACCCCGAUCCACCCUCUUUACGGCUUACGCCUCUGGAAUCUGGCAUAUCAGGGGCUGGCGCUGGUGCAAUGUUCAACUUUGUCUGCUUUCCCGCUGACACUGUGAAGAGCACCAUGCAAACGGAGGAAGAUUUGCGGCCAAAACAUGCCGGAUCCCAUGCCUCUAAACCCACCUUCCUAGGUACACUCAAGGCGUUGUAUCGGGCACAAGGCAUCAGAGGUCUUUAUGCUGGAUGCGGCAUUACCGUGGCGCGAUCGGUACCGAGCAGCGCAAUAAUAUUCGUGAUCUACGACGAGCUUGAUAAACAUUUUGGAUGA